AUGAAUGUCACGCCCAUAAAAAGUGAGGACAUCCCCGUGCUGUCCUACUUGCCAUGUACACCGCACAGUUAUAAAAAAAAUUUAUUUUUGAAAAUUACCAAAUAUAUUAAUUAUUCAACUAAAAAAGAUUCAUUUUUACAAAGGGGGUCAAUAAAAUUCAUUCCCUAG